AUGAACUUUUUGCAGAUGUUUUUGAUAAGAAAAUUAGUAGAUUGUCUACAAGAGGUGAACACUAUUGACUACACCGAUACUUCUAAAGCUCAAGUACGUUCGAAUAAGUACAAAGCUGAGAACGCGUUUAACAUAAUAUACCACAUUGGUCUGAAAAAAGAAAGCUUUACCUCUGGAGAAAAGGGAAACAUCAGAAAUUUAUUAGCUGACACCAUAGGAUAUUUGCAAAUCAACAUCGAGAGUACGGCCAACGUCUACCGAACAAGACUGAGCAAUUCUGUUCUCAACAAGAAAUCAGCAGUUCAGUUCCUGAUUGAUAACUGCUCUCAGUUUCUAGCUGGGAAUUUGAACUUGGCUGAU